AUGAGGCAAGCAACCGAUUUGCUUCUCUUUUGUAUUCUUGUUUUUCUUAACACUCUCUAUAAAGAAGCUGAAGCCCAAGUUUGUGGGGUAGUACCAACGUCUUGUCCGCCAGAAACUGACGAAUACAGGACUUUCACUGGAGAAUGCAAUAACAAAAUAUAUCCUUGGUACGGAACUAUCUAUUCCGAGUAUGAUAACACAACGCAAUUAAAUGUCGGAUAUGGUCCACAGUCCAUGCCAAGAGCCAAAAGUGGUAAACCACUUCCAAAUCCAAGAGAAAUACGUGAAAAAUGUCUUCCAGAUGAUCUACAGUUCCAACAAGAACCAUACACAACCCGUAGUUUUUCUGGAUAUGCUCAAUUUUUGGCCCACGAUAUGAGCAGUGCUUUUUUUGCCAGUACGUAUAUUUCUUCGUUUCAUAUUAAAGUGCGUUUAAAUCUGAUAACAAGAUCAACAGCUUACCUCGAUUUAAACAUUGUGUAUGGAAAUAGUAUAGAAGAAAGUAACUCUUUAAGAGUACCUAACAGUUAUUUAUUAGCAUUCGAAUCAUAUAAGGGAACACCUUUUCCGCCCAAUGAUCCGACCAACAGCUUUUGCCCUUACAGCACGGAAACGACCUGUUUUAUAGGAGGUGAUCUAAGAAUGAAUCAGAAUCCUGAUUUGACCAUAGAGCACAUUAUCUGGUUCAGAUUUCACAAUUAUCUAGCUACAAGUCUAAAAAUUAUAAAUCCAAAAUGGACUAAUGAAACAAUUUGGCAAGAGGCCAGAAAAAUUAAUAUUGGUGUGUUUCAAUGGAUUAUAUUUAACGAAGUUUUGCCCGUAGUUUUGGGCAGAUCCAACAUGUAUGACAAUAAUUUGCUAUUUGAAACCUUUUAUUAUUUAUAUGUUGACGAUUACGAUCCGUAUUGUAGUCCAAAUAUUCUUAAUGAGUUUGCAACAGCUGCGUUUAGAGUAUUUCAUCCAUACAUCAAAGGACAGCUUGGACAUUCAGUAGAGUAA